AUGGGGAUCACAGUACCGACGUAUGAGGUUGCCGCCAUCAUCACAGCUCUAGUGAGCACAGCCCUCGUACUGUUUGUCGGACUAUUUGUGUGUUGGAAGUACCCUUUCUGUCGCUCCAGGACAUUUUGGGACAAACAUGCAAAGAAGAUCGUCAGAAAAUUAUACAGUCGAUUUCACCGGGAGAGAGAAAAACCAGAGGAUACCCGAAGUCUGGUAAUGGGGCCCCUACUUCGGAGGAGACAGUCGGAACAGACAAAGUUUGUGGUACCACAGAUUUUUGUCGACUACGGUAGCAGGAGGACUUCCUAUGCAUCAGACUAUGUGCGCAGGUGCUCUGCAGAAAGCGGAAGUAGUAGAAGAACAUCUCUAGCGUCUGUCGACACUGAUCGACGUGGUUCCGGAAGUAGCAUCAGCAGCAGGCGAACGUCGCUAGCGUCGGACGCGGAUCGCCGCGGGUCGGCGUCCAGUAUUUGUUCCAGACGUACGUCGCUGCUAUCAUCAGAAUGUCCAUCCCGCCGGGGCUCUGGAAGUAGCAAAAGUGGCAUAAGCAGCCGGAAAAGUUCGGACGCCAGCAGGUUUGGUGAUACCGACGAACUUCUUGCUGAUUUUUCUGAUUCGGAAGCCAUCGAAGAGGAAUUUCUAGAUGAAAUGCAAAAACAGGAAGUGCGCAGAUCGAGCCUGGAGGAGGUGUCUUCCGGUAAGGCAGGACAGGAAAAGGAAAAGAAGAAGCCAUACCGACGCAGUCACUCAUUGGCGGAAAUACGGCGGCCUACUCACGUGUUCUUACCCGAAGGAAGGGGGCGUGGUGACAGUCGAAGAGUAACUUUGUCCUCCCUGGUUGUCAGCAGUAUGAACGCACUAGACGGUACCGUUAAUCCAGUUGGACCCGCUUAUCACCCAAGGAAGAAAUCUAAAAGUAGGCCUGGUAGUAUCGGACUGCCUGAUCGCCCAGUUGUGAUGCAUGACCUCAACUUGGAGGAGAUGAUGGUGCCGAGACAGGCUCCUCAACAGCUGCCCACUGGCCGUCUAAAAGUCCAGUUUCAGUUCAACACCAACCGCACAUCACUGACAGUCAUAAUCAUUGAGGCAGAAAACUUACGCAUAGCUGACAUGCCAUGUGACAGUGAGAUCAACCCAUACGUCAAAGCCUUUCUCGUCCCGGGGAGGACUUUCAAAUACCGGACGAAAACUCUUCCGAAAACAAAGACCCCAGUCUUUCUUGAAAAGUUCACAAUAUCAGACCUUGUGCCAAGUGACUUAAGCGAUGAUGCUGCCAUGGAGUUUCAAAUAUACUCUUCACAUCAUGUUUCCCGGCGCCAUCUUGUGGGCGUAGCAUCCUUUCUUCUGAAGGACGUGCCCAAAUUGGACAAUGGCUUGGUAGACCUCACCAUCAUGCCACAGACGGUGUUUAGGUUGCAUCAAGGAGACAUUCGGAUAUCGGGGUGCUAUCAACCGGUGGCUGGCAAGAUUGUGUUUAAUGUACUAGAAGCUCGAAAUCUACCACGAGUUUCACUUCUAGGAGCCAUCAAUCCGUACGUGAAGGUAGAAAUGUACGUGAACGGAAUGAGGGAAGCCAAACACAAGACGAAAGUCCGGCAGAACACACAGGAUCCUGUAUGGAACCAUCCGUGUGUGUUUGAAAUUAAUCGCGAGAAUCCCAAGCUGUUAGGCCACGUGUUUGUAUUCCAUGUAAUACACAAAGACAUGAUGAUGGGGAUACAGAAAAUAGGCCAGGUGGAGCUGGGUUGGUACAGUCACGGAGAACAGCUGGAUCAUUGGUACGACAUAAUGGAACAUCCACAUCGACCAACUGAUUACUGGCACCCGGUCAUCAAGACAAGUAAAAUAAUGUCAUGA